UCGCUGCGGGCUCAAGUGAUGUAGCGCGGAGGGGAAUCCGUCAGCCGAGCGUCCCUCUCUCCGCCCGCGUCAGGUUGGCUCAGUGGCACCGAAAUCCAGGGGCUCCCGCCCCUCGGGGUUCCUCCUCCUGCUUCCCGAGGAGACUGGUUGGCGCGAAGCGAUUGGCGAUCCCGGACGCGAUCCCGGCCUUGGCUCCCCGCGCCGCGCCGGGUGAAUGGCCGCGGGCGGAGGAUCGGGAGGCGCCGGGCGCAGACCAAUCGCGGCCGCCGGUGGGAGUAUUUGUUAUUCACAUGGAAGACACUUGGCGCCGGCCGGGCCAGCUCAGCCCCCUCAGCCCAGAGACCAGCCACAAGUGCGGCCGCGGUGCGUGCCUCGCGCGGCGGCGGCGGCGCCGCUGACAUGGAGCUGCGGGCCCCCCGCGGGCUUCCUCACCGCGCCCUCUGCGGGGAGCAGGGAAUAAUUCUGCUACAGGGCUGACUUCAAGGACGUGAAUUGUUGACCUCAUCCCACCUUCAGAACCUCAGCUGUUAUUCUAAUUUUUGCACCAUUCCAGGCAAGUUGACUUUGUAUGGAAAUAAAAUUGAACCUUAGGGGUCUGAUGGAAAUUCACUGUGACAUUCAAAUCAAGAAAACUUGCUGAAACCCACAGAGCCUUUUCCCCCAUGGGCCCUGAUGGUAGCCUCCAGAAGGUGCAGCCUCUGGUGGUCCCCCUUCUUCUGUGGCAAGAAUAAACUUUGGGUCUUGGGUUGCAACACCACCUGUGGAGAAAAUGGUAUGCGAGGGAAAACGAUCAGCCUCUUGCCCUUGUUUCUUCCUCCUGACCGCCAAGUUCUACUGGAUCCUCACAAUGAUGCAAAGAACUCACAGCCAGGAGUAUGCCCAUUCCAUACGAGUGGAUGGGGACAUCAUUUUGGGGGGUCUCUUCCCUGUCCAUGCAAAGGGAGAGAGAGGGGUACCUUGUGGGGAGCUGAAGAAGGAAAAGGGGAUCCACAGACUGGAGGCCAUGCUUUAUGCAAUCGACCAGAUUAAUAAGGACCCUGACCUCCUCUCCAAUAUCACUCUGGGUGUCCGGAUCCUUGACACGUGCUCCAGGGACACCUAUGCUUUGGAGCAGUCAUUAACGUUCGUGCAGGCAUUGAUAGAGAAAGACGCUUCCGACGUGAAGUGUGCUAAUGGAGAUCCACCCAUUUUCACCAAGCCUGACAAGAUUUCUGGUGUCAUAGGUGCUGCAGCAAGCUCCGUGUCCAUCAUGGUUGCUAACAUUUUAAGACUUUUUAAGAUACCUCAAAUCAGCUAUGCAUCCACAGCCCCAGAGCUAAGUGAUAACACCAGGUAUGACUUCUUCUCUCGGGUAGUUCCACCUGACUCCUACCAAGCUCAAGCCAUGGUGGACAUUGUCACGGCACUGGGGUGGAAUUAUGUGUCAACACUGGCUUCCGAAGGCAACUAUGGAGAGAGUGGUGUGGAGGCCUUCACUCAGAUCUCGAGGGAGAUUGGUGGUGUUUGCAUUGCUCAAUCACAGAAAAUCCCACGUGAACCAAGACCUGGAGAAUUUGAAAAAAUUAUCAAACGCCUGCUAGAAACACCUAAUGCACGGGCAGUGAUUAUGUUUGCCAAUGAAGAUGACAUCAGGAGGAUAUUGGAAGCAGCAAAGAAAUUAAACCAAAGUGGUCAUUUUCUCUGGAUUGGCUCAGAUAGUUGGGGAUCCAAAAUAGCACCUGUUUAUCAACAAGAGGAGAUUGCAGAAGGGGCUGUGACGAUUUUGCCCAAAAGAGCAUCAAUUGAUGGGUUUGAUCGCUAUUUUAGAAGCCGAACUCUUGCCAAUAAUCGAAGAAAUGUGUGGUUUGCAGAAUUUUGGGAGGAGAAUUUUGGAUGCAAGUUAGGAUCACAUGGAAAGAGGAACAGUCAUAUAAAGAAAUGCACAGGGCUGGAGAGAAUUGCCAGGGAUUCGUCUUAUGAACAGGAAGGAAAGGUCCAAUUUGUAAUUGAUGCCGUGUAUUCCAUGGCUUAUGCCCUGCACAAUAUGCACAAAGAUCUGUGCCCUGGAUACAUCGGCCUCUGCCCACGAAUGAGUGCUGUUGAUGGGAAAGAGCUACUUGGUUAUAUUCGGGCUGUAAAUUUUAAUGGUAGUGCUGGGACACCUGUCACUUUUAAUGAAAACGGAGAUGCCCCUGGACGUUAUGAUAUCUUUCAGUAUCAAAUAACCAACAAAAGUGCAGAAUACAAAAUCAUUGGGCACUGGACCAACCAGCUUCACCUAAAAGUGGAUGACAUGCAGUGGGCUAAUCGAGAACACACUCACCCGGCCUCUGUCUGCAGCCUGCCCUGUAAGCCCGGGGAGAGGAAGAAAACAGUGAAAGGAGUCCCCUGCUGCUGGCACUGCGAGCGUUGUGAGGGUUACAACUACCAAGUAGAUGAGCUCUCCUGCGAACUUUGCCCUCUGGAUCAGAGACCAAACAUCAACCGCACAGGCUGCCAGCUCAUCCCCAUAAUCAAACUAGAAUGGCACUCGCCCUGGGCUGUGGUGCCUGUGUUCAUUGCAAUAUUGGGAAUCAUCGCCACCACCUUCGUGAUCAUGACCUUUGUCCGCUAUAAUGACACACCUAUCGUAAGGGCUUCGGGACGAGAACUUAGUUACGUGCUCCUCACGGGGAUUUUCCUCUGUUACUCAAUCACCUUUUUAAUGAUUGCCGCGCCGGACACAAUCAUAUGUUCCUUCCGCCGAAUCUUUCUAGGACUUGGCAUGUGUUUCAGCUAUGCGGCCCUUCUUACCAAAACAAACAGAAUCCACCGAAUAUUUGAGCAGGGGAAGAAAUCGGUCACAGCACCCAAGUUUAUUAGUCCGGCGUCCCAGCUGGUCAUCACUUUCAGCCUCAUCUCCGUCCAGCUCCUGGGGGUGUGUGUCUGGUUUGUUGUGGACCCCCCCCACAUCAUCAUUGACUAUGGAGAGCAGCGGACUCUAGACCCAGAGAACGCCAGGGGAGUGCUCAAGUGUGACAUUUCUGAUCUCUCGCUCAUUUGUUCGCUGGGGUACAGUAUCCUCUUGAUGGUUACUUGUACUGUUUAUGCCAUUAAAACGAGAGGUGUCCCAGAGACUUUCAAUGAAGCCAAACCUAUUGGAUUUACCAUGUACACCACCUGCAUCAUUUGGUUAGCUUUCAUUCCCAUCUUUUUUGGUACAGCGCAGUCAGCAGAAAAGAUGUACAUCCAGACAACGACACUUACUGUCUCCAUGAGUUUAAGUGCUUCGGUGUCUCUGGGCAUGCUGUACAUGCCCAAGGUUUAUAUUAUAAUUUUUCAUCCAGAGCAGAACGUUCAAAAACGCAAGAGGAGCUUCAAGGCCGUGGUGACAGCUGCCACCAUGCAAAGCAAACUGAUCCAAAAAGGAAAUGACAGACCAAAUGGAGAGGUGAAAAGCGAACUCUGUGAGAGUCUUGAAACCAACAGUAAGUCAUCUGUAGACUUUCCGAUGGCCAAGAGCGGGAGCACUUCCUAAUAGAUCUUCCUCUACUAAGACAACAUAUAUCAGCUACAGCAAUCAUUCAAUCUGAAACAGGGAAAUGGUACAAUAUGAAGAAAUCUGGUACGUGAUCUUAAACAAUAAACAUGACACCGCCAAAACUCACUCCUGGAGAUCUCUGUAGACUACAAUCAAUCAAAUCAAUAGUCAAUCUUGUAAGGAACACAAAGUAGCCAUGAGCCAAAAGUAUCAAUAACAGAGUGAAAAAAAAAAACCCAUUUUAUACAGUACAACCAAUGAGUGUCAAGCUAAAGUAUUGCUUACUCAUAAGCAGUUAAAAAAAAAAUCACAAAAGGAAAACUAAUGUUAGCUUGUGAAAAAAAAAAAUGCUGUUGAAAUAAACCAUGUCUGAUGUUAUUCUUGUAAGUAUUUUUCUGUGAUUGUGAGAACUCCCAUUCCUGUCCCGCCUUGUUCAACUUGUAUAAGACAAUGACUCUGUUUCUUGUAAUGGCUGACCGGACUGAAGCCCUGGGUUGUGCUAAAAAUAAAUGCAAUGGUUGACGCAUGCAAUUUUUUAUACAAAUAAUUUAUUUCUAAUAAUAAAGGAAUGUUUUGCAAAUGUUGAGAGUUGUUUCGUUCCAGUUUUAAAGCCAAGGAAUACUCAUUCCAGUUGGCCCUUUUGCUGUAAACUCCUGAUGAUUUUCCUAAGGACUGUGUCUUUGUACAUU